CCAAAAAACCUCAAAAAAUGGUAGCCACACAUUCAUCGUGUCAUACACAUUCAUACAUGCUUAUAUUAUAUAUAUAUAUACCUAUAUAUGACAAACCAAAACAAAGGCAUAGAAACAAAUUUGCAGAGCCUCCUCUCCCACACAAAUCGUGGUGGAGACCAUCUCUCUCUCUCUCUCUCUCUCUCUCUCUCAGUAAACAGAAAAAGGAAUUACAUCACCAACCAAGAGCAAGGCCAGCACAUAAUGCACUAGGCUGUCUGCACCCAAACACAGCUUCCACUAUUUUUUCGAUUUCAGUUUUCAUUUCCUAAGAAAAAAAAGUUUGAUAUUAAAAAGUUAGUGGGGAUUAAUGCUCGCCGUGUCGCCAUUGAGUAGCGUGAAGCAUGAGAGGGAAAAAGAAAUGCUGCAGGUUUUCUCAAUGGAAGAGAGAGAAUUUGAAGAUGUCGUCGGCGGCGAGAAUUUGCUCGGCAGCAUUGAUUUCGACGACAUUCUCGUCGGAAUCGGCGACGGAGACGUGCUGCCUGAUUUGGAAAUUGAUCACGAAUUCUUCGCCGAAUUCUCAGGCUCCGAAUCUGAUACGAAAAUAGAGUGCGACAAUAAUUCGCGAAACAGCGAAGAAGACGCCGCAGCAGAUUCAGUUUCCAACGUCGAUUUGGAAUCGCCCGACACGAUUCAGGAACCCGAAGCCGAAGUGAAGAAUCCAGAUUUGAAAGAAGCUGACGACAGAAAUAAAACAUCGUCGGCUGGCUGUAAAAAUCCGCCGGGGAAGAAGAAGUCGAAGGUGGAUUGGACGCCGGAAUUGCACCGGCAGUUCGUGCAGGCGGUGGAGCAGCUAGGGAUUGAUAAGGCAGUGCCAUCGAGAAUUCUGGAAAUUAUGGGAAUCGAUUGCCUCACACGCCAUAACGUUGCCAGCCAUCUUCAAAAAUACAGAUCUCACCGGAAACAUGUGCAAGCGCGGGAAGCUGAGGCGGCGAGCUGGGGCCGGCGGCGGCAGAUGUACGGAAAAGCGGCGAUUCAGGCAGCGGUGAAUCCUUGGAUUGCACCAACUAUGGGCUUUCCUCCGGCGACACCACCAGUGCCUCAUUUUAGACCCUUACAUGUAUGGGGUCAUCCAUCCGUCGACCAAUCAUUGAUGUACACGUGGCAUAAACACUUGUCUCCGCCGCUGCAUGCUUGGCUGCCCCCGCCGUCGGACCCAUCCUUUUGGCAUCCACAUUACCAAUAUGUUACGCCGCCGGGCACAAUGUAUUUUCCGGCGCCGCAAUUCCCACCGACGAGAUUUCCGCCGCCGGCCGCCGCACAGACGGUACCGAAACUGCCUUCCGAUAUUCAUCCGUCCAAGGAGAGGAUAGAUGCAACCAUUGGAGAUGUUCUAAAGAAGCCAUCGUUGCCACUGCCGCUCGGACUAAAGCCGCCGUCCAUCGACAGCGUGAUGGUCGAACUACGACGCCAAGGCGUAUCAAAAAUACCUCCAACUUAGCCCUUCAUAGUCAACCUGCUUCCGGCUCCUCUUUCCAGUACCGACAAUAAAUUUGUUAGUUGCAAAAGAUUUUAUUUAAAAUUGUUUGACAUAAUUUGGUUCUAACCAAAUUUGUUGUAGUGUGUUUAAUUUGAUUAUUAUGUCGUUGGCAGGCUAUUACGAGGAAGAUUAGGUGUGGUGCAUAAAAGGCCUUUGGAUUGGAAACGGAACGCCCAGAUUGUCACGAAGUUAGCUCGUGUACAUUACAUGGGGAGAUUUAUUGUGCUACUUUAUUAUAUUAAGAUUCUUCUAUUGGUCACUAUCACUAGAAGAACUGUGGAAUUAAUUAAUAUUAGAAAUUUAGUAAACUCUCUCAAUAUAAUGAAAUACGAGGCUAACUUGGCACAA